AUGGGCUCAAAGGUGGAAGACACCGAAAUUGUCGCUUCGUUAAAACGAAAGAAGGAAAAUGAAGUCCUAUUUUCGCGAGCGGAAAUCUUUCAUCAAAUGCUCAUGGAAGAUUUUCAAUUUUUGGAAGCAGCUCGAAUUUACUCUGGAGGCUGUGAACCACCAAAACUUAACUAUGCAGAUAUUACUGAUGCAGAAAAUUUUCGAGAAGUUGCACUCGCAUAUCCGAACGGUCUGAUUCAAUAUGAUCAUUUUACGCAUCGAUCUGCGGAACGAGUGUUCAAAGAUCGCCUCCAUGUUGAACCUGAUAUCAGAUCACUGCGGUUUAUGGCACGACGCUCCAAGUGGCCCCCAAUCGGAAUUUGGGCCCAUUGGUUCCUCCAAACACCAUUCUUCGAAAUCAUUAUGGUUUGCAUCAUUGUGGUGAAUUCGGUCACCAUUGCUAUUGACCUAGAGAAAACUUAG